ACACAGAGGUAUAAGCAAGGAUGCCUGAACCAGCGAAGUCUGCGCCCAAGAAGGGCUCCAAGAAAGCCGUCACCAAGGCCGCCGGCAAGGGGACCAAGAAGAGGAGGAGCCGCAGGAAGGAGAGCUAUGCCAUCUACGUGUACAAGGUGCUCAAACAGGUGCACCCUGACACUGGAAUUUCUUCCAAGGCUAUGAGCAUCAUGAACUCCUUCGUCAACGACAUCUUCGAGCGUAUCGCUUCCGAGGCAUCUCGUCUGGCUCACUACAACAAACGCUCCACCAUCACAUCCAGGGAGAUCCAGACCGCCGUUCGUCUUCUGCUUCCCGGUGAGCUGGCCAAGCACGCCGUGUCUGAGGGCACCAAGGCUGUCACCAAGUACACCAGCUCCAAGUAAAUGAAACAUAAAAAAACUGUAGCAACCCCCCCCAACGGCUCUUUUAAGAGCCACACAACUCUUCUCAAGAGCAUGAUUCAUAAUAGAAUCAUAAAUGCAUUUCAACUGACAUCAAAAUAUCAUUGGUGUAUAAUACAUACAGUGACAAGUUUUAGUCCUGUGCUUAGUGGUGAGAUCAAAUGUGCUCAUUACAGGUUUGUCUUUAGCGCCACGCACUGGACGAAGUGGCAAAGUUAUCUAUACAUAAUUUACCAUGCCUUUAAAUUCAUCCCAUUGGAUGUCACAAAGUACACCAGCUCCAAGUAAAUUGCUACUGUAGCUACCCCAAACGGCUCUUUUAAGAGCCGCACUUUUUUUUUUUUACCUGAAAGACAAUCAUCCUUAAAAAUAAUCUCCAUAAACAGUGAGUGACUUGGUCCCAACACAGGUCCUUUACCUGAAAAUACACAGCAAUCCUUUCAAAUAAUCUACUCCAAAACCAAAUGUAACAGUGACAUGACUUGACACAAGACUGUCACCUUUUUAAAGGAAAUACACAUCUUUACAAUGGUCUGAAUAAAUGUGCAGAUGUUCCUUCUUUUGGAGAGACAAUCUUAGUGUAGAUGGUAGAAACUAGACUUGAAUGUCGUGUUUCAUUUAAUGCCGGACCAUGACAAAUGUAUGCAAUGUAUGUCUGAUUCAGGUACAUCUGAAGCAUCGCUAUAUUUACUGCUGUUUGCAAAAUGCUUUAUUCAAAACUGGCUCCUUGAACGUGAAGGUUAAGGCAAAAGUGCCUUUGAAGCAACCCUGGAACCCAAGAAGGGAAAAAGGUGGUCAAGUUAAAGCAUUACUGUGUCCAAGUCUUAAAAUACAUACAUAAGAUACUUUUAUUUUAUUCAUGUAAACCAAUUGUCCUCAAAAGACAGCAAGUGCAUCACAUCCAGAACACCAAAGCUUAGACUGAACGGUGUACAUUAUUUAGGUAAUGUUUGGUGCACCAAAUGAAAAUCUUAGGUGGGCCUGGUGUGACUAGAGGACUGUCUAUUGAGGACCACUGUAACAUAUAUCCGUAAAAAAUCACUUUUUAUAAAACUAUACCAUCAGGCUUGGGAAAAGUGUUGAAUACCCCUGGGCCAUAUAUUUAUAGGUAACAUUAGUAGCUUAACGUGACAUCAUUCGUGUACAGGAUGAGGAAGGAUACACUGAGGAGGGUCAAAUGGGACAGACAAUAAAAAAAAAACAUUGAGUUCAUAUAAUGAUAGCAAAUUUCCAUCUUUUUGU